AUGAACUUUGGCAGCUCACCCCCGGCAAGACCGCUCGUGAACUUGACAUUUCCGGAUAGGAAAGAUGAUCCAAGGAGCAUAGAAAACGUUCUAGGGGUGGGGCAGAACAGCGUCAACUUGCAAGAUUUUGAACUUCUUACGAUGGUGGGCAAGGGAUCAUACGGGAGGGUCAUUCAAGUUCGUAAAAUCGAUUCAGGGAAGAUUUACGCGUUGAAAGUGCUCAACAAAGACGACCUGGUCAACACCAAUCAGGUCCAGUCAACCAAGACUGAGAGGAGAGUCCUGGAAGUCAUCAACCAUCCUUUCAUAGUCAAAUUGCACUUUGCAUUCCAGAGCAAUGAUAAGCUGUGUCUGGUGAUGGACUUUAUCAAUGGGGGGGAGCUAUUCACGUAUAUCAAUCGUGAGAAGAGAUUCAGUGAAGAGAGGGCAAGAUUCUACGCGGCUGAAAUCAUUCUUGCUCUGGAAUAUCUGCAUGAGAUGGACAUCAUCUACCGGGACCUGAAGCCUGAGAACAUCUUGCUGGACUGCAAUGGUCACAUCAGGCUCACGGACUUCGGACUGUCCAAGGAUGCGAUGAACGGGAAGACGUACACGAUGGUCGGCUCGCCGUACUACAUGGCUCCUGAAAUCAUACUCAAGCUCGGCCACGGGCAGGCAGUCGACUGGUGGAGUCUCGGGAUUCUCAUCUACGAGAUGCUGUUUGGCCUGCCCCCUUUUUACAACCGUAACACCAGGAUGGCAUAUGAGAAGCUCCUGACCAAGGAGCUGGAAUUUCCUCUUAAAGUGUCGGAUGAAGCAUGCGAUCUCCUGCGGGGCCUGCUGCACAAGGACCCUUCGAAGCGGCUGGGGAGCAUCGUGUCGGAGCAGGAGAAGAGCCACGAUGGCGUGUCGCAGAUUAAGACCCACCCAUGGUUCGUAUGUGUUGACUUCGACAAGGUUCUCAACAUGGAGGUGGAAGCUCCUUUCCGUCCGCGCGUGAAGAACAUGAUGGACGUCAGCAACUUUGCCGUUCACUUCACAUCACAAUCCCUCUCCCGUAAUAAAGCAAACGAACUUGUUUCAUUCACUCCAUGGUAA